AUGACGCCAACCAAAAAGCGCCUCGAAAAAGAAUACCAAAGCCUACGCAAGACCCCCGCAGCCGGCUACCACGUCGAACUAAAACACGGCGACAUCUUCGAAUGGACAGGCACCCUUCACGGCCUCUCCGCCUCCCCUUACGAGGGCGGUACCUUCGCCUUCCACAUCCAAUUCACAGACGAAUACCCAGAGGCACCACCCAAACUCAACUUCACGACCAAGAUCUACCAUCCUAACGUGGACGGAAGAACCGGGGUUGUGAGUUGGAAGAUGCUGGGCGAGGAGUGGCAUCACAACAAUACAAUGGAGAAGGUGUUGAUAGGUUUGAGGACGUUGUUGGAUCAUCCGGAGUUGGAGAGUGCGGUGGAGGUAGGGAUUGCGAAUGAGUUUGCGAAUGAGAGGGGGGUGUUUGAGAAGAGGGCGAGGGAGUGGACGGGGAGUACCAUCGUUCACAAGGUCAACAAACCCAAUUCCAAUAACCACUCCGCCAAUUCACCCCUUCUCUUCUUCACCUCAGAAGAAAAACAAGUAAAGAGUUUGCCUCCAGACUCAAACUCACAAAACCUUCACAUCCCAUCGAAUUGGCUCAACAUGGACCAAACCCGCGCCGAGACAAUCACCGAUUUCUUCCGAACCCUCAUGGAUCUCAACGUCAAGAUCCCCAAGCUAGCUCGUGGCAUGGAAGUGAAGCUACUAGCCGCAUGUAUGGAUGCGGGUGUGGCUCCCUUCUGGGAUGACUUCCCUGAGCUUUCUCUACCGCAACUGCUCACUCUGGCGAGGAAGAUGGAGCACGAGGCGGCGGAUAUGGUUAACGCUAAGAUGCAGGGCAAUAAUUGGGAUAAUGAGGAUAUGAGGGAGCAGAAAAUGGAGUACCUCAAGGCUGUGGCAAAGGUUGGGCCUAAUUGUACGCCGAAGGGUUUGGAGGAGUUUGCGGGAAGGGCGAAGAUGAUGGUGGAGAUGGGGAAGAUGGAGAGGGAUAUUGAGAAGGGUAUGGAGGGAUUGAAGGUGUGA